AUGGUGCUGACGGGAGGAGAGAGUACAAGGUUUGCAGACGGAGGAGGCAGAGAGGUUUUCAGGAGGGAUGAGUGUCCACUGGUGCAGUUCGGAGGAGAGUGUACACAGGUGGCACGACGGGCGGGCGACGGAGUACCACAGGUGCAGACGGGGGAGAGGAGUACACGGUGCAGACGGGGGAGUAGAGUACCCACAGGUGCAGACGGUGGAGAGCCCAGUACACAGGUGCUGCAGAAGGAGGAGAGAGGAUGUCAGGGGAGGAGAGAGUCCACAGUGUGCAGACGGAGGAGAGAGUUCACAGGUUGCUGA